AUGUUUGAAAAAGAGCCAGCAGAUCCUGAACCAUCCAGGAACAUGUUUGAAAAAGACCCAGCAGACCCUGAACCUUCCCGAGUGCAAGACUCGAUGCUCCGCCACUCAAAGAGAACGAGCCGUCACUCGAGGACUGGGGCCCUUGGCUCCAUCCCUAAGGCUGAGAGCGCCGCAGCAAGCAGGAUGCCAUUGCCUAACGAUCAAGCCGAGGUCCCAGAAGGACAAGAAGAAGAAGAACCCAACAAUGCGCUUCAAACCGAUCUCAGCCGCCAGUCUGAGCGCCUCUUUCAGUUUUCCAUCGACGAAAAUGCCCCAGUCAUCAAAAAUUUGCUGCUCCUUAACCAGAACCACCAGGGUUUCAAUGUGACCAUCGAAUGCUGUGGCCGAGUAUGGAAGGCUCAUCGUCGCUUUGUGUCGAGAUCGGCCUAUUUUCGCACGAAGUUCAACGUCAACGAUCCCCGAUCACCUCUCACCCUCAAGAUUAACGACAUCACUUUCACCCCCAAUCGCAUGGAUUUUUACCUCUUGUGGCUCUACACUGGACGAAUCACGGUCUUGUCACGCUGGAUCGACAAGCUUUGGCCAGGCGAAGACAUGGAAGGCUUUCUCGAGAUACUGGUGUUGGCAGCCAACAUCCCCGGCGAGCAGCCGCUGUUGCAACAGGCCCACAAGGAAGUAGAACAACUCUUCUCCACCAAGCUCUGGAUGCUGUCAGAUGAGGACGCUAUCGAGAGUGCCGACCAGGCCCGCAAGAGUGUGGAUUACUGCCUGGAAAUGCUUUUCGAACAGGAAAGCAAGACCAGCUCACUGAAUCGGUUGAGGGAAGCGGUCAUGGUCGAGAUCUUCAAGAAGGCAGACCAGCUCUUACCGAAACACAAGUGGUUGGAAGAUUGGAUUGGUCGAUCUCCCUCGUUCAAGUCGGUGUUCAGAACCACUCGAAAGGAGCUGUUGGACAAGGGUCAAAUCAAGAGAGGGCCUCUCCACCCGGCUUAUCGCACUGUUGACGAGGCUGAUGCUCGCUGCGAAGAAUUCGGUGACGUCUGGGUGGAAGAAGCAGGCAUUCAGGACGCGAGCGCUUCUCCUUCCACUACCACCGAAGUGGAGGACCGGGAGCAACCCACCGGCCGACGGGUGACUUUUGACGAGAACCUAAGACGUCACAACCCGUGGGAGCGGUGGUGGUAG